AUGCCGGAGAUGGACGGGUUUGAAGCCACGCGGAAGAUUCGAGAGAUGGAGGCAGAGAGGCUGCACGUGUACACAGCAGCCAUGGCCGCCUGUGGUAACGCAUUCCCCUCUCCUUCCCUCCCCUCUUCUUCCCUCUCCUCCCCUUCUCUCCCCAUCCCUCCCCUCCCAUUCCCUCUUCUCUCCUCUCUUUCCAUUCCCUCUACCCAGGCCCUCCAUCAUCCCCACCCCCCUCAUGACUACCACAUGCCAGAGAUGGACGGGUUUGAAGUCAAGCGGAAGAUUCGAGAGAUGGAGGCGGAGAGGCUGCAGGUGUACACAGCAGCCAUGACCGCCUAUGGCAACGGCUCCCCUUACGGCAGCGCCGCCAGCUGGGUCGAUAAAAAGGGGAGGGAUGUCACGGGAGGAGUAGGAAGUGGGGUGGAUAGGAGUGCGAUGAUGGGCGGAAGAGGAGGAGCAGGAGGAGGAGGAGGAGGGGGAGGGGGAGGGGGAGGAGGAGGAGGAGCAACGACAGGCACAUGUGCGGGAGGGGGAGGGGAGGCGGAGCAGGAGGGGGAGGGGGGCGAGGGGGAGCGGCAGGGGUUACUAGGUCCCCCCUCUUCCUAA